AUGGCUCACACCAGAAUUUCUGCCAAGUAUCCUCCUCACAUCGACCCGACCAAAGCGCCCAUUGCCUUCGGGGACCGCGCUUUGCCCAAACUGAAGCGGGAGCUGGCGGAUCCCGAGCUCCUGGUCCGGCAACGGGCCGUCAUGGCUCUGUGUGACCUGCUGCACGACCCCGAGUUAGCUUACUCGGCGGUCGAGGUCGGCUGUUUGGGGAACUUAAAACUUCUUUUGAAGGAUGAGGAUGCUACUGUUCGUCGCAAGACCACUGAAAUUUUCUAUAUUUUGGUUACACAUAGUAUUGGAAGGUUUGCAUUUUUGGAAAAUGAUGUCAUUAUUCCAUUGUCUGAGCUGCUUAAUGAUCCUGAGGACAUCUGCCGCAAAAACUUGCACAUGGUUUUGGAGAUGUUCUCACAAAUCCCUGCAGGUGCUACUGCCAUCGUAUACGCCGGCCUGAUUCCUGACCUGAUUAUGAAGCUGCGCACAGAGCUGGACGAGAUUCAGGAGCUGAUAUUGAAGACGCUACACUUCUGUUUGCUUGUGGACACUAAGCAUGCACUGCACGCUGAGGGCAUAUCAGUGCUGAAGACCAAGCUCAAACACAGUUCUGCUCUCAUCAGGAGUCUGGCUGCACAAGCUCUCAUAGACAUCAGUGUGCCCUUGGAAGGGAAGAACAAAGUGUGUGAAGAGAAGGUGAUUCCAAUCCUGGUAGAGCUGCUCAGUGACCCAGAGUCUGAGGUCAGAGCUUCAGCAGCAGGAGCAUUGAUGUUUGCCACCAUUACAACACAAGGGAAAUACGAGGCUCUGAAGGCAAAUGUCAUUCCAUCCUUACUGCUCCUGGUGAAUGAUCCAGUAAAUAAAGUGCGGCUCAAUGUCAUGAAGGCCAUCGCAACAGUGUCUGAAACUCCAGAGGGGAGGAAAAUCCUGCUGGAUCAUGUGGAGCUCCUACAGGACAAACUGAAGGACCCCAGUGAGGCAGUCAGAAGAGCAGUCAAGAUCGCUAUUGACGUCAUCACCUGGAAACCCUAGGUGCAUUAGUGAAAAUGUGGUUAUGCUGCACUGGGGGUACCUUGGACCUGAUAUACUCACACCCCGUCUUCUAACCUUGCUUUCCCUCUUUUAUUUUGAAUCAUGUUCACAAUAACUUCUACGUAUAAUCAUUCCCUGUCCAUUACAGCCUGUUGUUUUUUAGUCGGGUUCCCAUUAACCUUUGCAAAUUCUUCAUUGUGACAAAGGCUCACUGUUCUGAAAAAUGAAUCCUGUUCCUCUCCCUAAAGAUGCUGUUUGAUCUGCUGAGCAUCCCCAACACUUUCAGUCAUUAUUUCAGACUUCCAGCCUCUGCCCUUUGUUGCUCUGGUCUUCGUUUGCUGUUGCCAUUGCUGGUAUGUUGUGGUUUCCUCCUCUCAAUCCUCACUCUCUCUGAAAUGCUGUCUUAUACAGUUGUCAUGAAGCUCUGCUUUCGCCUUGUUAAACAGUGACCACCAGGAAUUCUCAAUCCACUUUGUUCAGAGCUGUCAAAAUAAUAACUUUCUUUUAUUACCAAUAACUGGUUGAUUAAACCAAUUUCUAAAGCUUUCUUUUCUUUAAAUAAGGCUCUCUAAUGCUGCCUGUCAUUCUGGACAAUCCUUUUCCAAAUUCUCUUUCAAGUUUUUCCCAUGUGUCUUUUUGUCUUUGUUUCAUCCUCUCAUGCUUACACUCUCAUUCUUGUUCCUUCUGUCCCAUUUCCCAUCUCUCAGUGUGUUGCUGUUCUGUGCACAUCAAGUGUAAUGAAUGCGACAGUGUUGUGCUGGGUAAUUUGGCUUUCUGGUAGACUGGACACAGUUUGUUAAGUUGAAAUAAACUACAAAUAUCACUCA